AUGAUUAUAGAUGUAAUUGUCUUAUGUACUGUUGGCAUCCCCAUAUUCCUUUUCUACUUUAUUGGAUCGGCAAAUGAACGAGGUUUCUUCUGCGAUGAUGAAUCUCUGAAGUACAGCUUCAAGAAUUCUACUAUCACGAGUGGUGUGCUGUACGGCGUCGGAUAUAGUCUACCAAUUUUUAUAAUGUGUUUGACGGAAUGGAUCCGCCUACGCGACUACAAGGGCGGAGAACAACGUGUCAUUCUAGGCCUGGAGAUUCCCGCGUGGGUCUGGGAGUCAUACCGAUGUGUCGGAGUGUUCCUCUUCGGCUGCGCCUGUCAGCAGCUCACGACGGAUAUCGCCAAGUAUACCGUUGGUAGACUACGGCCCCACUUCUUUGAAGUUUGCAACCCGACAAUAGACUGCUCUCUGCCAGAAAACCAAAAUCGAUACAUCGAGACCUUCACGUGCUUAGGAACAAAUAAGAAGUUCCUUAAGGAGAUGCGACUCUCUUUUCCCAGUGGACACUCUUCCUUCUCAGUUUUCGCAAUGGUAUUUUUGGCGCUUUACCUACAAACGCGCUUUACAUGGAAAGGAUCUAAACUCCUACGACACAUCAUGCAGCUCAUAGUCAUUAUGAUGGCCUGGUACACCUGCCUCUCACGAGUCUCCGAUAAUAAACACCACUGGGGUGACGUCCUUGGAGGUUUCCUCAUUGGAUUCUUUUACGCAAUCACCGUAUUUGCAUACCUAUACAAGCCACUGAGCCUCGGCACCCGCUACUCGGCGCUAAUGGAGUCACAACCACUGCCUCGGCCUAUACAAUAG